GGCGCGUGUUCUCUCGAUGACUUUGCACGAAACGCACGUGCUAUCGUGCCAUUACCGACUGAUAUUGUGAUUGAGUUAAGCAGAGCUCCUGAGAUGACGGUCAAGGAAACUCUGAAAUUCUGGGAAUCGGUGAACGAAGAUCGCAGUGAGCAGAGCAACAUCUGCCAGAAAUGUAACACAAGGGUAUACAGAAGUGAAAUUCGACUUCGCGGCAGGCACCUGCAUAAGGAGUGCUUCCAAUGCUUAGGCUGCAGAAAACUCUUAAACCUCGCUACCUUCACCGAGGUCAACAACGAACUCUUCUGCUCCGAGUGCUACGCUGAGUGUUUUUCAAGACGAUGGAGAUGCUCAGAAUUGAUCGAUACGAAACGACUCUCAACGCAGUUGCAAGGCGUUGUCAUGCAAGGUCAGCACUACCGAUGGCUGCCCUCGGAAGCCUCUAAUCGCGACAGUGAAAACAGCGAAAGUACCGCCUCCUUCUAUUCAGCGCUGUCGGAAAGCUCACAACUCCCGUCGACGUUCAGUCGUCAAUUGAACGACUCGGUCGAAAGCGCCUGUACAGUUGACGAGUCGGAUGAGGAUCCUCCCAAGUUUGACUCUUUUCGAAGGAGGUCGCAAACACAGACUUCAUUCGAUCGACCCGUCUCCAAUCGCCCAGAGAAUCCGCGCAACCCGAACCCGCAUCGUCUGAUGCGCCAAAGCUCCAGAGGGAGGAUGAUCGCCUCCGAAGGUGUUCCGGAGCCUAGCUUCAAGCCGAGCCCACACGUCUAUGACAGGAGCAAGCGGGGAGUUGACGAAGAAGCCGAGGUCACUCAAGUUCGUCUGCGGGCGACACCUGCUCGCGCCCGAGCCCCCGGAUCUCCAGAUUGUGAAGAAGCGAGUAGAGAACACAGAUCUUCGAAAAUAUAUUCGAUUCGUGAGAGCUCGGAAGAUUCGGAAGGGACUGACUCCGGCGAGUCGCAGCCAGAAACGAGCUCUUCUGAGGGAAAGUCUCGCAUAACGUCGAUUAUGAGAAGAAUCCGGAUAACACAACCUGCCGUGGGCACGGAAUCCGACGUCUCCGCAACUGGGCGGGAAGCGGCGGCCUCUACCGUGAAGCCAAGUCAGCCCUCUGUCGCUCGUAAAGGACGUUACAUCAGACAAUCGCGCUUCCCGAGCGACCAUCUUUUCGACAUUCCGGUUGUACCGCUCCCCGAUCCAGACCGCUGAGGGCCGGGGCUUUGCCCCCAAUUUUCCUGCUUUUCAUUAAGUGAUUUGAAAAUAAACUCCUCCGUCCGAAGGGAAAGG